AUGAGAAUGAUUUCUGCGCAAGUAAAAGCAGAGAUGUUGGGAUUCACAAUGCUUACAACGAAGAAAGUGGAGGUGGUGUUGAUGUUCAUCAACCAAGGAGGGGUCGAAACCACAACAUUUGUGGCAAUACAUUUUAUGCAAACAAAGGCGAGCGUGUUGGGAUUAUCAAAGUUGGCAACAAGUACAACAAGAAGUCGAGCAAUUAAGCUUUCAGAUGUUCGUGGCAUUCGAAUGCGGGAAAGUUUCCUCUUCUCGUUUGCGCAAAUUAAUAAUAAAUCCAAAUACACACAGAUUACUGAUGAGUAUAUGUUAGGAGCUGAUCCUUCUGAGUAUAUGUAG